AUGUCUUCUCGCGAGCUACUGGAAGUCGAAGAUGAAGAGGCCCGUCGGGAUCGCCUUCAAUCUAUCCUGGAGUCCGUAGACGCUCGCGGGCCACAAUCCCACUCUAUGCCUCCUCCGCCUGUACCUCCAUUCCCGAUUCUCCAACAAUCUACUUCACCUCUUGGGCCUCCCACCGACCUACUCAAUCGCGUACAAGCCUUCCUCCCACAAUUCGCGGCGUCCAACGCGGCCCUGGCUCAGCAAGACCCAAACGCAAUCAACAUGGAGAACAUUGAACCCACGCAGGACCAGAUCAUCCAAAUGCGUCUUGGACUAGGCGUCUACGAGCAGCGCCACCGCCGUGGCUCUUCCUCCUCUUCAUCUUCGUCCUCGAGCAGCUCCUCGACGUCAUCGGCCUCAACGAGCGACUCCGGCUCCGAUUCGAGUGGUUCCAGUUCGGACGAAGACUCGGAUGAAGAGCUGGAUCCUAUAUCUGCCUUUCUUAUGGCUUCGCGCCCUGCUCGACCACUGCCGCGCCGCGUGCGGCCGCCGGCCGUGAGCGUGCUAUCAUCGUCGGUGGAGGAUAGCCCUUCGGCUUCUUCGGUCUCCGUUACAACCCUGGACUCGUCGACGACGGACAGCUCACUGGCCUCAGCGGAUACUACGGCCCCGCCCUGA